AUGGCUCCUCCAGCAGCUAUUGAAGUUCUGGCAACUUCAGACACGCAAGGCAUUGUUAUACCAGAUGCAUUGACCGUCAAUGGUGUUUCUGCUAGGCGUGCGAAGGCGGGAAAGUUAAAUGGAGGAACCGCUGCGUUUACCAGUAGUGAUUUUUUCAAGCAUCCGUCAUCUGGCAAACCUAAAGCGAAAAGAUGGGAUAAUUAUCUGAGUCUUGAGAGUAAAUCUAGAAUGCCAUCCAGUCUGAAAGGUGCGGCAAAAUAUCUCGGUAAACCUGGGUUAAUAUCACUUGGUGGUGGCUUGCCAUGCGCAGAAAACUUCCCAAUAGAAGAGUUGACUAUCAAAGUCCCUUCACCACCUGGGUUCAGUGAAGAAGAAACUAGUAAGACGGGGACAACUGUCACGACAGGCAAGUACGAUGUCUCAAACGGAUCCGGUGCGUACGACUUGUCGAUUGCAUUGAAUUACGGACUGGGAGUCGGCUCCGCGCAGAUGAUUAGAUUCGUGACAGAGCAUACAGAGAUCGUAUGCAAUCCUCCGUAUGAGGACUGGCAAUGUGCUCUCAGUGUGGGAAGUACCUCAUCUUUGGAACAAGCAUACCGAAUUUUCUGCGAAAGAGGUGAUUAUGUCAUAUCAGAAGAAUACACCUUCGCCUCAGCAGUCGAAACCGCUCUUCCAUUAGGUAUCAAAUUCGUAGGAGUUCAAGUGGAUUCCGAGGGUCUCCUCCCAAACUUAAUAGACGAGAUCCUAACAAAUUGGGAUGCCACCGCUCGAAAAGCCCGAAAACCACGAGUUUUGUACACGGUUCCAUCCGGUCAAAACCCUACAGGAGCAACACAAGGCACAGCGCGACGCCAAGCCAUCUACAAAGUAGCACAAAAACACGAUCUGUACAUCUUCGAAGACGAGCCGUACUACUUCCUCCAGAUGCAACCGUAUACAGGGCCCAACUCCCCGCCCGUCCCCGCCCCCAAGACCAACGAGGAAUUCCUCAAGGCGCUCAUCCCGACGUAUCUGAGUAUGGAUACAGACGGGCGAGUCAUGCGUAUGGAUUCGUUCUCGAAAGUCAUCGCGCCUGGCACGAGAGUCGGAUGGGUCACUGCGUCCGAGCAGAUCAUCGAGCGCUUCGUCAGACAUAACGAGUGCUCGAACCAGAACCCAAGUGGGAUUUCACAGCUAGUGCUGUACAAAUUGCUUGAUGAGACAUGGGGCCAUCACGGGUAUUUGCAGUGGUUGAUCCAUUUGAGACUCGAAUACACACGCCGGAGAGACGCACUGCUCGAAGCGUGUGAGAAGUUUCUUCCAAAAGAUAUCGUAUCGUGGAAUCCGCCCGCGGCUGGCAUGUUUCUCUGGAUGAAACUAAACCACAAACUCCACCCCUCGCAGUCCACCAAUAAACCUCUCACCAUCGCCGAGAUGGAAGAUCAAGUAUUCCUCGCCGCCGUCGGGAACGGGGUUCUCAUCUCUCGCGGUUCCUGGUUCACAGCCGAGCGUGAGGGAUUCGAGGCGCAUGAGCUGUUCUUUAGGGCUACGUUUGCGGCUGCUACGGAGGAGAAGAUGGCGGAGGCUAUUUAUCGGUUUGGUGAUGCUGUUAGGGCGUGUUUUGGUGUUAGUAAUGGAGGCGGGGACGUUGAGGCUUAG